ACCCUCUGCUCUGAAUUCUCAAAAACCCCUUCGGCAAUGCUAGCAUUUCUACCCAUUUCUAAGUCUCCGUUAAUUUCAAAUUCUGCGCUUCCCUUCAAUACAUUCCGCUUGGGACCUCCCAAAUGGCGUCGCAGGGGUGUAAUUAGAGCUGCUCGAUCUGAUUACUAUUCCACCCUGAAUGUCAGCAGGAACUCGACUUUGAAGGAGAUUAAGAGCUCUUACAGGAAACUUGCUCGUAAGUACCAUCCAGAUUUGAACAAGAGCCCUGGAGCUGAGGAAAAGUUUAAAGAGAUAAGUGCUGCAUAUGAGGUCCUAUCUGAUGAUGAAAAAAGGUCUUUAUAUGAUCGCUUUGGUGAGGCAGGUUUAGAGGGAGAAUAUGAUGGGUCAAAUGGUGGUUCAAAGGGGGUGGACCCUUUUGAUUUCUUUGAUGCAUUUUUUGAUGAGUCAAAUGGGCCUUUUGGAAGACGGGGUGAACCAGGAGGCAUGAACUUCAAUUUGAGAAGCAAGGGCAACCAGGGGCUUGAUGUUCGGUAUGACCUAUUUUUGAGCUUUGAAGAAUCAAUUUUCGGUAAACAGGAGGAGAUUGAAGUUUCCUGUUUUGAGGUAUGCGACAAUUGUGGUGGAACAGGUGCCAAAUCUAGCAGUUGCAUAAAAACAUGUACCAACUGUGGAGGUAAAGGAGGGGUGAUGAAGACUCAGAAGACGCCAUUUGGAAUAAUGUCUCAGGUAUCUACUUGCUCAAAAUGUGGUGGAGAUGGUAAAAUAAUCACAAGUCACUGCCAAAGUUGUGGUGGCCAUGGUAAAGUACAGUCAAAGCAAAGUAUUGAAGUGAUCAUCCCACCUGGUGUUAGUGAUGGAGCCACAAUGCAAGUUCGAGGAAAGGGAAACUUUGAUAAGAAAAGGGGCAUGGCCGGUGAUCUAUAUUUAGUACUCCAUGUAAAUGAAAAACAUGGAAUUUGGAGGGACGGUCUCAAUCUUUACUCAAAGGUUAAUGUUGAUUAUACUGAGGCAAUAUUAGGGACUGUUAAAAAGGUGGAAACUGUGGAGGGUUUGAGAGAUCUUCAAAUUCCUUCUGGAACUCAGCCUGGGGAUUCAGUAAAAUUGUCAUACAUGGGGGUCCCGGACAUCAAUAGGCCCUCCAGACGAGGUGACCAUAACUUUGUUGUGAAUGUUCUGAUCCCAAAAGAUAUCAGUGACACAGAACGCAUACUUGUUGAGAAGUUGGCUUCAAAGAGGACAACCUGCAAUGACCAGCCAGUUUCUUCCAAGGGUCCAGCUAAAGACCAAAAACAUCAUGCUUCACCUAAAAGGAGUGAACAUGCUCCAUCUAUGUGGAAAUCAAUCAAGAACUUCUUGUGGAGGAACCCGUCCAGAACAGGUUUUGCUUCAGUUAGUGUGGAUACUUCAACAUUAUUGCAGAGAUGUAGCAGGCCAGAUUCCUCACUCAUGAUAUCUUUAUUGACAGUUUUCAUCAUAACAUGUAUAUUUACCCUGAUGGGUAAGAAGAGUAAUACUGCAAAUUAUUGCCUGAAAAGAGAAAAGGAAAGAGACCAUUCUCCUCGUUACCAUAGAACAAUAAAAGAAAAGCACUAGGGAACACCGCCAGGUAUAUUCCUCGGUAGUCUUAUAACUGUAUUAGACUCAGGAACUGGAUUUUCAUAUCAGUUUUUUUCUUGUGAGCAAAAUCUGUCUCUUUGAAGGCAGUUUUACUUUUACAUUAUAGUUCCUUUUACACUUUGUAGAGCUUCAGGGCCUUUACAACAAUAGAUGAAUGAUUGAUUUGUCAAUCUGAGGUUGCUGCCAUAGGCAAGAGUGUUGGUUGCCUAAUUGCAUUA